GGUAACAUUCUGCGACGUGAACAUCGCUCAGGUCUGCACGGAAACUUCUUUAAGAUUUUCCGAGUUUCUUUUUUCACGACUUUUAACGAGAUGAUUAUUAUAUUGACUGUGACAGUUUUAUUGGAGAUUAAAUUGUUUAUUGUUACAGUAAUUGCUCUAACUGCAAGCCAAAAAUGUACAUUGGUGGAAUUGAACGGAUGUCUUGAAUCUUUAAUGUCGGUUACGAAAAGUAAUGAUUUCACAUUUGCAGCUACGCGGGAUCAACUGAAAACAGUUUGUAGUUCAUUAAAAGAAAGCGUGCAAUGCGUCGAUGAACACAUGAACCUUUGUUUUACUCCAACACAAAGAAAAGUGUUCAACCAUGUUGUAUCAGGUGCAAGACAAGUCCUAACAGAUUUAUGUGUUCCAGGUACUAUUCAAGAAGCUUACCUGGCUCAUGCCUCGUGUUUUAUUAAUAUUACUCUAGACGAGGAAAAAUGCGCUCCAAAAUAUCGACAUUUGAUCAAGAUGUCUGAAAAUGUGAAUGAAAAACAAAAUGUAGAUGAAGGAUUAAAAGGUUCUUGCUGUGCUUUCAGAGAAUUUAUUCUCUGCAAAUACGUCUAUGUUGAACGAGACUGUGGACCUGAUGCUAAUGUCUUUUUACAACAGCAUUUAGAUCGAAUUACAAGCCCUUUGUUACACGAGCACUGUGCCCAUUACACUUAUGGAACUGGAACCUGCAAUUCAUCCUCAAGCGAUUUGAACUUCACAAUCUUUCCUCCAAUGAUACUAACAUUAUCUCUUUCGAUCGCAGUAAUGAAUUUUCUCUUUUUCCCCACUUUAAUACUACAUUUGUAAAUGGAUAAGAAAUCGAUACAAGUGGCACAAAAUUUCCAAGACAGACUUACAUCAUUUCCUGAUACUUACCCGUUAAUGUAUUUUGAGUGCUUUGUAAUUAGUAGGGUUCUGUAGUUGUCAAUGCCAAAUCAAAUUAUAUUGUUCCAAUAUUGGCCACUUCUGAAUUCUUUUCGCAUGUAUGUAUAUAUAUUGUAAGUAUGUGUAAUAUAUAUACUUAUAAUAAUGGAGGAGACACUUUCAAUUUUUGGCAUUUUUUUAAAUUUCUUAAGAAAUACUUAAAGGAUUAUCUGAUAGCUUUAAAGAUGUUUAGUUCAUGCAAUUUUUCAUACUUAAAAUUAAAAAUAAAAAAUAUAAAGCUAUGAAAUUUAAAGCCAUUAGCUUGUAACUUGUAUCGAUUACUUUAGUUGUUAUUUUUAAUAACUGCAUUAAUUUUUGUGCACCCAAAGUAAAUAUUUGUGAAAAUAUGGGCAUUUUAAUAAAAAACUAAUUUUUUCACCUUCGUUCUUCCAUUAUAUCUUUUUAGAUAUUCAAUGGAAUUAAACAAAAUUUUUGGAGCAAUU